AUGUACAAAUGUGAACUGCUCUACAAAAAACCAAACCUGACGAGAAUUUCUGGAGGUACCGUUGCUGAUAUAAGGGCAUACCCAUUCGCGACAUCCCUUCUGAGUAGUCCGGGAGCAUUGCCCUUCACGCAAGCGUGCGGUGGCACAAUCAUAUCCACAUCAGCGAUACUAUCAGCAGCCUCCUGUUUCGUAACCAACAAUGUGGUCGAUUCAAUGCUUUGGUGGCGUGCUAGAGUUGGGUCGUCGUACUCCAACAGACAAGGUAUUGUCUACCUCAUCCGAAGAAUUACUGUCCAUCCUGACUUCUUGACCGCAACCAGAGUAAACGACAUUGCAGUGUUGAGAACCUCUGUGAACAUCGCAUUUGGGCAAAACGUUCAAGCUGCGUAUAUAGCUGGUGGUUCAUAUCUUUUGGCCAACAAUCAGCCAGUUUGGGCCAUCGGAUGGGGUGUCACCUCGGUAUCAUCACCGCUUUCUCCAGAAUUGCGCCAGGUCCAAAUCUGGGUGAACGACCAGCAAACAUGUGCUAGCCGCUACGCUGAGGAGAACUUCAGCGUCACUAGUAAUAUGCUUUGUGCUGGCUGGCUCGACGUUGGGGUUCGAGGACAAUGCCAGGGUGACACAGGUAGCCCUCUAUUGCACAACGGCGUGGUGGUAGGCGUUUACUCAUGGACAUCAGGUUGUGGUACUAGUCGUUAUCCAAACAUCAACACUAGAGUUUCAGCGUACUCGCGAUGGGUUGAAGCAACGGCAGUUGCCGCUUAAAUUACAAUUUAAUUAUCUACUCUUUUAUACAAUUAAAAUCCAC